AUGGAACGCUCCGUGAGAAACCCCUCGGGAUCCUCGUUGGCGGUAGAGCCGACGGGAGAGGACUCUGCCGCGGACGCCGAUCCGUUCGAAGCCAGCAUUCCGUGCGUGUCGAUCACCUUGCAGUUUCAGGCGAAGAGUGUCUCCACAGAGAAUCAGCCGCCAACGGGACGGAGAGGGGAACGCCACGCGCCCUGCUCUGUCAACUUGUCGGAGGUGGAUGGCGUCCUCGACGACCUCGCCGCCUCGCCAGCUGGGUACUUUGUCUGCAAGCUUCACCGCCUUCUGAGGCGACUCGACGCGCGCAAAGAGGCCGCCGAGAGGGCAGAGGGCGCCGGCCGACAAGGCGAGGCGCACGGCGCAGACCACGACCCAGACACAGCGGCGGCCAACGCCUGUGCGGACGUCGACGCCUUUGGAUGUCGCGUAUUUGGAACGCUCCUGGACGUCUCGGAUUUCCUCUGGCGUGUCGGCGAACUCUACCUCGUCAUUCAGCCGCUGCCGCGCUUGCAAACGCACGGAACGCCGCCGUCGCCUACAGGCCGGGGAGGACGCUCGCCUGAGGCGCCAGCGGCGAGCCAGCGGAGGGUUUCGUUUUCGUCUGUCCCCGAAUCCGAGAGUGGCAGGACCUCGCCUGGCGAUGAUAGGUCAGAAGCCGAGCCGCGAUAUGUCACUUUCAGCCUCAAAGAGGUGCUCGACCGGCCGACGCCGGGGAAGCGCGUGGCGGCGACCUCCGGGAAGGUGCGCGAGUUCGACAACGAGGUGCAGCUAGAUCCAGGAGACGACGGGACGCUGCUCUGGGUGCGACUACAUCUAGAGGAGUUUCGCAUUCCCUACGGAUCGUGCAGGGGCCAUCCAGCCUUGCCUCCGCCAGAGUCGGGCGACGCAUUUCUCUUGUCUCUCAGCCUCGUCGAAGAUCGAAGUCUGCAUGCGCUUGUAGCACCCGGGGAGACUCAGCGCAGCCGCCAGCAGCUCGGCGGCAGUGCCACCGGGCAAGGAGCUUUCGCGGCCGACCCUCCUCGCGUGUCUCUGCGGCUCGGAAGCGUCCGGCGGACCUGCCUUCUGGCGGAACAGCCUGGCGUCGGCCGUGCAUACACCCGGGUGCGGGAGGAAGUCGUCGCGCCUUGCCGGUUCGCCCUCGUCCUUGUCGGCAGCUGGGAGGAGGCGCUUUUGUACUUGAAGGGUCUGGCUAGCGCCUGGAUUCAACUUGAGGCUCCGAGAGAAGAAAAGAUUUCUCAGUCAGACAAAGUCCCUGGCGGCAGGCCACCUGGCCCCCGCAGAUCGGCGCAUGCACGUCUGACCGAACUUCCGAUCGACUUUUCUCCGCUCGCGACGCGAGUGGCGCAGCACCUUGCGAUGCUCCACGACGAAGACGCCUUCCCACCAGGAACAGCUGCUUCGCCGGCGUUGGCUUCGACAAAUUGCCUUUCAGCUCUUCUCCAUUCUGCAAAUCAUCCGCGACAGCCGCGUCGAGUCUCCGUCCAGGCCCAGCUUCUUUUCCUCGUCUUCAGAAACCGAGAAUCCUCUUCUGACCGCGACGCGGACCUCCCUGCCUGGCCGCCGGCGCUCGACCCCCACCCAGAGCCUCCCUCGCUCGCGCCUUCGAAGCAUGAAGAGGAAGAAGAAGGCGAAGAGGAAGAAGGAGGAGACAAGUGUGCACGCGUCGACUUGGCGUCUCCGCCCAGCUCCUCGAGGUCCCCGUGGCAGGACCGAGAGUCCCGUCUCGCGAUCACAGAGGCUUCACCGGAAGACGAGAAGGAAAAUGUCACUUCUCAGCCGCAGCAGCGGUCCGUGGAGGCCGCGCCGCUGUCGCCCCGAGCUGGAACAUUCAAUGAGGAAGAAGAGAAGUGUGAAAGUGCAAGAGCCGACGGACCACGGGCGAGUGCUCAAGAGGAAGAAAAGCAGGCCUGGAAGCUCCUCCCAGAAGUGCAGACAGAAAAGGAGACGUCAGUGGAGAUGCUGCUCUUGUCUCAGUGUGAGCCUGAGAGGAGUGCAGCACUGAAUUCGAGAGAGAGUCUCGAUGCAGGUUUCCCUCCCGCGCCUGGAUCAUUGAGGAGGUCUUCUUAUUCAGCUGCUGGAAUCUCUCGACCUCAGAGCGCCGGGCACCUGCAAGCCCUCUGGCGCCUCUCAGUUGACAUCGUGUCCAUACAGCUGAGAGCCGGGCAUCCCGCGAGCCGCCGCGCGGUGCAUGUCCACUACAGCUACGCGCCGUUUGGGCCGCAACACAGCUUCUCGACGGAACCCCCGGUGGACUGCAGCAGCGGCGAGACAGUUGCACUCUCUGAGGGAUUCUGUGCCUACACGCUAACUGCCUCGCCCGCUCGUCUCUUCGAGUCCCUGCGGACCACCCCUCUGGAGUUCGUCGUUUCUUCCUCUUCUUCUAACUCUUCUUCUUCCUCUUCUUCUUCUUCUUUCUCUGCUUCUUCGGGCGCCGCUGGGCUCGGGAAGGAGACAGUGGGGACUGCGGUCGUCGACUUGGGGUUGUUGACCCAGACGCCGCUUCACCGACACUGCCAAGCUCCCCACGACUACCAGGCGUACAGCGCCGUGCUUCCCAUCGCGCAGGCGCACGGCGAGACCGUAGGGCACCUGCAUGUACAGCUGUACUUGGAGCAUCUUCGUGUCUCUCCGUCACUGCCUGCGAGGGCGUCUGCACCUGCCAAUGCGGAGUGGCGCGCACCGGACAUGCGGGGCGCAUCUCCAACUGCGAAAAGUGAGAAGGACGGUCUCUCUUUCUCUGCCGCGUACGAGGUGGAGCUUUGGAAGCGCGCGGAGAAGGCGAAGUUUCUCGCUGAAUUGAAGACGCGCGCUGUCGAGGAACGGGAGCGAUUCCUGGAGGAAAUGCGGCGAGUAGAAACUGCGAAGAACGAGGAAAUCCGCGCCAAACAAGAGGCCCUGCAAAUCCUCCAAAUGCAGCUCAAAAAAAUGGCACAGCAGCUGCAACAAAAGGCUCUCGACCUGCAAAGCAGAGAGAUCGACCUACGAAGUGAACGAGAAAGAUGCCUUCAACUGGCCGCGAGAACCAGCGACGAAAUGACCGGAGCCACGCGGCGCCUUCGAGAGGAAAAAGAGCAUGCGGUUCAACUCGAAAAACAGAAGAGCCAGGUGUUGCACCUACAGAACGAAGAGCUGCAGGCGGAAGUGGCGCGACUCCGAACUCGCCUGGAUUUCCUGGAAGAAGAAAAUUGUGAACUUCGCCAGCAACUCACGAGCGGACCCACGGCGCAGCUCCAGUCCGAUCUCAAACUGAAACUGUAUCAGGUUGCAGAUCUGGAAAGUCGCUUGGCUGCAGUAACGGCGAGUCGCGACUACUUCGUCGAAAGUUGCGCUGCUCUGCUGGAGAAACUUCACUCGGUCAAAGAAGUCAGUGAACUGGUUUUUCUUUCUCGUGUCUGUUCUUUUCGAUGCCUUUCUCUCUCCAAACGCGCUUUCUCCUCUGUCGUCUCCUUAUGUUUUCAUGUCUCUCUCCUUUCCCUCGGCCCAAAGAGUGUUUCUGUGCCUCUCGCCUUCGUGUUUUUCUCUGUUUCUCUCCGUCAAAGCAUCCGUUUCCUCCUCGUCUUUUUUCUUCUUGUCUCUGGUUUCGUCGCUGCAUCGCGCGUGGGUCGACAGGCAGCUCUCCAGCGUGCACACCCGUCUGUCUUCUCUUCUUCCCUUCAAUUCCAUGUUCUAGAGCAAAUCCCAACCAUUCUUUUUCCUCGAGAAAACUCUUCUCUCCUUGGUCCACGCAUGGUGUUUGUUCUCCACCCGUCACAUCGUAGAUAUCCAGAAUCGUCGGCAGAGAGCCUUUGA